CAAGAGAAGGUCAGCUAUCGAAGGAGCCCACUUUUCAAGUGGGCCUUAUUUGAAGUUUGAAGCCCAAUUUCAAUAUGGGCCGGGGAAUUACUAAUUUCUUAAACCCUAAAAAGACUGUGCAUUAAUCAGUUCAUGGUUUAAACUCAUCUUCUUCCUCGAUCGGGAACAUAUGGUCUAUGGGGGUUCCAGGUUUAAGCUUUAUUUGCAGACCCCAAUUCUCUCUUUGACCCCUCUUGUCUUUUACUGCUUUUGCAAGACUGGGUUUGGAUCUAUCCCUGCACUUCAGACCCUUGAUGAGCCGGAAAGUGUCUUCAGUGACAGUUUUCAAAGCUCCUGUGAUCCUCUCAUGGGAAUGGCUAGUCAAAGUUCGUUUCUUUUAAUUCUGAAUUCUAUCUUGUUUUAAUGUUCUCAGAAUCUCAUUUGUAUACUUGGGGCAGUCUGAAGCUUCAGUCAAACAGUAGCAAUACCAAGAACGAAGAUUGUUCUCUGGAACCAUCCUUAAAAAUCAACCGACCAGCUAUAACAAGUAUAAUAAAUGCUUUAUUAGGUU